AUGUCUAAAGUUUCCCUCAAUAAUGUGGCAUCGAACCCUCGAGUAAACCGGCUGAGGACAUUUUCAAGAACGGAAAGCGAGACUUCGUGCGAGGAGGCGGCGCGGCUGACAGCGGAGGGCGCUGGAGAUGACGACGACGAGGCCUACGAUUACGGGGAAUUACCGCCCCCACCGGACGGCGGCUACGGAUGGGUGGUCGUGUUCGCGUCGUUCAUGUGCAACCUGGUCGUGGACGGGAUCGCGUACACCUUCGGCAUAUUCCUGCCAGAGCUGGUGACGUACUUCGGCGAGGGCAAGGGCACGGUCGCGUGGGUCGGCAGCCUGCUGUCGGGGGUCUAUCUUGCCGCUGGGCCGGUGGUGUCAGCGCUAUGCAACAAAUACGGUUGUCGGGCGGUAUGCGUCGCCGGCUCACUGGUGGCGACAGCCGCUUUCGCCCUGUCCACCCUCAGCAAGAGUGUUACUAUGAUGAUGAUCACGUACGGAGUAAUAGGGGGGAUAGGUUUCGGGAUGAUCUAUCUACCGUCGGUGGUAGCGGUUGGCUAUUACUUCGAGACCCGUCGCUCUCUGGCAACUGGCAUUGCCGUGUGCGGCUCCGGCGUCGGCACGUUCAGCUUCGCGCCGCUGGCGGCCAUCUUGCUCAGGGAGUUCGGCUCGUGGCAAAACGCUAACCUGCUGCUCGCUGGGCUGAUAUUGAACUGUGCGGUGUUUGGCGCCCUCAUGCGCCCUUUAGUGUAUCCAAAAACAUCGGGCGAAAAGCCCCUGUUGCAACGAAUGGCGGAAGAGAAAAGACUGCAGAUGGAGAGAGGCUCGAUCGGAGGCUCAUACUUCGUGGUACAAUUACCUGAUGGCACCAUGGAGAAGAGAUUAAAGGCGCCAUUGAACAUCGACCCCGGCGUGCACUCGUCUCUGAACCUAGAGGCGCUGGCGCGGGUGCCCACUGUGCCCAACAUGCCCGGGGUGCCCACUGUGCCCACGCUGCCCACCAUAACCGAGGCGAGAGUGGUCGAGGUCGAGAACGCAGAAAAGAAGAAGGUGCAGAAGGAGAACGGCGCUGGCGGGCAGCAGAUGUCGCGGAACGUGUCCUCGCCCGCGUUCAGCGCCCAGGCGCCGGGGCUGCCCAAGAACGGCUCCGUGCCCUUCUUCGACCGGCAGCGAAAGCAGAGCACCGGCGAUAGAUUCAAACCGUCCUUAGCAGCUAUUAAAGCCACGUCCAAGACUUCGAUGGCCAGCCAGCACAGAAGUGCAUACGACGGCGACGCGGAGGGCGGCGUGUACAACUCGAAGCUGUCGGUGGCGGCGGGCCGCGAGCCGGCGCGCAUGGUGCGCCCGAUGUCGCGCAAGGACAUCUUCUACUCGGGCUCGGUGCUCAACCUGCCGCAGUACCAGAGCCAGAAGUCGCUGCAGGGCUACCGCAACUCGGUGCUCAGCCUGCCGCUCAGCCGACAGACGGGCGACGCCGAGCGGCGGGAGCAGUACGACCUGUGCCCUUGCCUCUCGCUGCCGGAGUCGUUCAAGUCGGCGCUCUCGUCGAUGCUGGACGUGAGCCUCCUCCGCGACCCCGCCUUCAUGCUGAUCGGCGUGUCCAACGUGUUCGGCAUGGCCGGCCUCUACGUGCCCUUCGUGUACAUCGUCGACGCGGCCUGCCUCAACGGCGUGGAGGCGUCGCAGGCUUCGUUCCUGCUCUCGAUCAUCGGCAUCACGAACACGUUCGGACGGAUCGCGUGCGGCGCCGUGGCCGACCUGCCUCGCGUCGACUCGCUGCUGCUCAACAACAUAUGCCUCGUCAUCGCCACGAUAUCAGUUGCACUCACGCCUUUUUGCUACACAUACGGCGCCUACGUGGCAGUCGCUAUUGCGUUCGGAAUUGCCAUCUCCGGCUACAUAUCGCUGACGUCGAUCAUCCUCGUGGACCUGCUGGGGCUGGACAAGCUGACGAACGCGUUCGGGCUGCUCAUACUGUUCCGCGGCGCGGCCGCCAUAAUCGGGUCCCCGCUCGCCGGCGCCGUCUACGACGCCACCAAGAACUACGACGCCUCCUUCUACAUGGCGGCCGCUUUCUUCUUGGCCUCCACGCUCACUUCCUUCGCCGCACCCAUGUUCCGCAGGAAACCGGAGGAGGCGCCGCAGCCGCUGGACGUGCUCACCCCGAUCGACGAGGACCUGGAGGAGGGCGAGGAGGAGGACCCCGACGACACGCCGAUCACGAUGGGCGCGCACAUCGGCCGCGCGCCCGCCAUCACGCACACCGCCGCCUCGCCCUCCGACCCGCCCAGCCCCCCCGAGGACCAGCCGCAGCGCGAAAGUGUGCUA